AUGGUGUCCCAAGCAUCCCAGGUUUUGCUUGGCUUUGGAGAAGACGGGAUACCCCAGCCCAUCCUCACAACCACCCUUCUCCUUGCAGAGGACACAUACGCCUCGGAGGAGCUGGUGGACCAGCAGCCUGUGCUGCUGAAGGUGAUGGACACAGCCGACCAGGAUGGCCCCGGGAACUGCGAGCGCUACCUGCACUGGGCCAGCGCCUUCCUUGUUGUCUACAGCAUCGAUGAGAGGAAGAGCUUUGAGGGCUGCCAGAGCUACCUGGAGGUCCUCGCCCUGCAUGCGAGGGGCUGCCAGCGCCGCUGCCCCGUGCUCCUGCUGGGCAACAAGCUGGACAUGGAGCAGUACAGGCAGGUGCCCGCAGCUGAAGGGAUGUCCCUGGCGAGCCGGUUUGGGUGCCUCUUCUAUGAGGUGUCAGCGUGCCAGGACUUCGUGGGGGUGCAGCAUGUCUUCCAUGAAGCUGUGCGGGAGGUGCGGCGCCAGGCGGAGCGGAACACGCCUGCCCGGCCACUCUUCAUCACCGAGGAGCAGCCCUGCUCGCCGGUGGCCACGCCACUCGCCCUGCCCACCCGCCACGGCUUGGCCAGCUGCACCUUCAACACCCUCUCCACCGUUAACUACAAGGAGAUCCCCUCGGUGGCCCAGGCCAAGCUGGUCACCGUCAAGUCCUCGCGGGCUCAGAGCAAGAGGAAAGCUCCCACGCUCACCUUGCUGAAAGGCUUCAAGAUAUUUUAAGACCCGUCCCUGAGGGCUGCAGAGGGGGUGGCAAGAGAAUCCCAUGACCCCCUGGCUCCACAAGUGCUGAGACCAACCAUGACAGACUCAUGGGCAUCGCAGCAGCCACUGGUGGACGGUGGCCCCAGUCUCUGUGUCAGGGCAAAGCCUGCGGUGGGGAUGUGGUGAGCAAAUGGGGUGCCAAGAGGCUGAAAUUGGCUGUAGCAUCACUCCACCUGCCCCUGCCCCAGCUCACAUCCCCACCUAGCCAAGCGCUGCUGCAGUGUUUGCACCCUGUCCUGCUGCAGGCACCGGGAACCAGCCCGGCUUUCCCUGCGGAUCUGGGUGGUUCCCUGAGCAGCUGGAGCCAUGGGCACCACCAGGAGGGCAAGGGACGUCCCCAGGGCCCCCCACCUUCCUUGGGCACCUGAGAGCCCAGAAAGGGGGAAUUAAUCAUUAAAUGAGCACAGAGGCACCCGUCUCGUUUGUCUCACGGGUACCCUGACUGAGCAAUAAGUAGGAGUUUGUUGUUUGGGUUUUUUUUAAUCCAAGCAAGAAAGGUGCAGAUAUUGUUUCAGUUGACUAAAGGCCUCAGGUGUCCUGAAACUCAUUCCCAUGCAUUGAAAUAAGUCAUACCAAAAUAGCUGGGUUUUUUAAUCAACUUUUUACACUAUAUUGUUCCUUUUCAAAGGCUUUUCAAGGAGUGAUGCUUCACUAACGAGAACAUGCUCUGAAAAGCCUUUGUUUAAAAGACUGAUGUCUUUCCAAAGAGCUCUUAAAUUAUUUCAUGGCUUCUACAAGUGCCCAGUGAUAGGUGUGAAGUGAAUCCUAAAAGCAGACCAGGCUCUACCUGUGCCCAAGCCAGGGCCAAGGGCUGCGCGUUCAGUUUCAUUUGCUGUUUCAGGUUAAAUGCUCUGCUUCUCCCUGGAGUUGCAGUUAUUCUGCGGAGUAAAAUAUCCACGUGUAUAUUUGUACAUUAUAUAUAUAUAUGUCCUUAUCGAGAGAGAGAUAUUCAAUAUGGGUUUUCAAUCAACCACUUUAGAAAGUAUUUUAAUAAAGACAAUUUCUGAAAAGAACACAAAAGCACCUCCGCUUCAGCGUGGCUAUUUUCCUGAUGGGACGUGACGGCAUGUUCCCUGGCUGCCCGCAGGAGAAGCUUCUCACUUCUUCCCACUUCCCACUUCCCACCUCCCCCCCAGCUCAGCUCCCACGGUUUGCGGUGGGGGCAGGUGGCAUCUGAGGGAUGGGGUGAAGUGGGUGCAGGAGAGGAGGCUGGAGGCAGCUGAGAGCAGCAGGUACCGACCAGCCAGCCAGGAGCUGAUCCAGGGCACGCACAGCUUUGCCUCAAGUCCAGAGCCGCUUCUGCUGCUU